ACAACUACCACGACCAGAGGAGCGAAGAAACGCUGUGACAACAGGCAAGGAAAGGUUACUCCAUAGUGACUGGUUGGAGCUCCAAUAUGCAGAGCUUGGUAGUGCAGGCACUUGCCAUGAGGCAGCUGGGAAGGCUGAACGCUCACCACCUGUUGGCUGCUGGAUACGGACUGAGACAGACCGAGUGGUGUCCCAGGACCAUUCAUACACGUCAGCUGUGGGGCUGCUCGGCUUUCCCUGCACUUGGCUGCCACAGACCGGCUCUCCGCUGCAGAGACGCUGUCAGGAGCUGGUCUGUUCAUCAUCUGAGGUUUAAAAGCAACAAGAAGAAAGGUGCUGCUAAAUCAAAACAGGAGGAGGAGGAGGAAGAGGAGGAGGAGGAGGAUGAAGAAGACCCAGAGGCCAGUGAUUCUGAAGAUGUGGACCAACCAAAGGAUUAUAAGGACAUGGAGAAACAUGUGCAGUCUUUCCGCUAUGAUGUUGUCAUGAAAGCUGGCUUGGACAUAGCACGCAAUAAAAUUGAGGAUGCCUUCUACAACGACAACCUCAGAUUAAAUGGAAAGAAACUCAUCAAGAAAGGCAAAAUAGUCAAAGUUGGGGACACAUUGGACCUGGUGGUGUCACAGAACCAAGAAACAAACACUGUUACCUUGAUGAGAGUCAUCCUCCAAAGAGUUUUGGGUGAAUCCAGUAAAACAGAAAAGUUCAAAGUAUCCAUAAGGCGCUGGAAGGUUCUUGAGCUUCCCAAGGGUGAGGCCUUUAAGCCAUGAACUUGCGGAGGACAAUACUGACUGUAAUGUGACAGAGAAAUGAAUGCUGACAAAUGACUGGCAUUUGAAUGGUUCCCAAUAAGUUGGAUUCAGAAUGGAUUACAAAAGGUGUAAUGCUGAGGUAACAGUUCUCAGUGGUUGCAUACAUCAAGCAGUUGAUUGGGAGAAUCACUUUUACUGUGUACCUUUCUCCUCUAUACUGUGAGUGCCCACCAAUAAAGGUGCAAUUUAACAUUUUGAAAA